ACCAGCAGCAGCCUCCUCGUGCGCGCGCCGCGCGUCCCCCAGCCCUGUGCCGUGCGCGCUCCCGGCCUCCCCAGGCGGCCCGGGGCUUUGAACGGGAGUAACCCCGAGCCGCGCUCCCAGCAGCGGGGGAGACCUUUACCCUCCUUCCCCCCUCCCUCUCCGGCAGCCUAAGCAGCCGCGUCCCUGCACCGCAUCAUGGCGGCCCUCAGCAAGUCCGUCCCGCAUAGCUGCUAUGAGAUCGGGCACACCUGGAACCCGUCCUGCUUCACCUCCUACCUGCAGAUCACGCAGAGCGCCAUGGAGGAGUCCCUGAAGAUCUAUGCACCCCUCUACCUGGUAGCCGCAAUCCUCCGCAGGAGAAAAUUAGAUUACUACAUUCACAGAUUACUGCCGGAACUGCUGCGCUCCACUUCUUUCCUAACUGCUAAUGGAAGUCUGUAUAUUGCCUUCUUCUGUAUACUGAGGAAAAUCCUGGGAAGAUUCUACUUUUGGUCGCCGGGAUUUGGCGCCGCAUUACCGGCUUCGUAUGUUGCUAUAUUGAUUGAAAGAAAAAGCAGGAGGGGGCUCCUGACAAUUUACAUGGCCAAUCAGGCUUCGGAGACAUUAUUCCGCAUGGGAGUGACUAGAGGUUAUUUAAAGCCCAUUAGACAUGGAGAGGUCCUUUUGUUUUGCAUCACAGCUGCCCUCUACAUGUUCUUUUUCAGGUGCAAGGACGGACUCCAGGGAUUCGCCUUUUCAGCCCUGAAAUUCAUUGUGGGUAAAGAAGAAAUCCCGGCUCACUCAUUAUUGCCUGAGACCAUGUAUGCCAAAACCGGGAAGAAGAGCAAGGAGCGGACGGAGACAUCUCGGCGGUUUAAUAUCUUUUCCUUAAUAAGGAAACUUAUGGACUCAAUAUGCAAACACGGUCCAAGGCACAGAUGUUGCAAACACUAUGGAGACAACUGCAUCUCGUACUGCAUUAAGGGAUUCAUCCGAAUGUUCAGCGUUGGGUACUUGAUCCAGUGCUGCCUCCGCGUCCCGUCUACAUUCAGACAUCUGUUUACAAAACCCUCCCGGUUACUGUCUCUGUUUUACAACAAGGAGAACUUCCAGCUGGGGGCUUUCUUAGGCUCGUUUGUCAGUAUUUAUAAGGGUACCAGCUGCUUCUUACGAUGGGUGCGCAACCUGGACGAUGAGCUGCACGCUCUUGUAGCGGGUUUUCUGGCUGGGAUCUCCAUGAUGUUUUACAAAAGCACCACCAUCUCCAUGUACCUGGCGUCCAAAUUGGUAGAGACAAUGUACUUCAAAGGAAUAGAAGCGGGGCGGUGCCCGUACUUCCCGCACGCAGAUAGCGUCAUCUAUGCAGUGUCUACCGCUGUCUGCUUCCACGCAGCUGUCCUGGAAGUCCAUAAUUUAAGACCCUCUUACUGGAAAUUUCUUUUGAGACUAACAAAGGGCCGGUUUGCGACCAUGAACCGGAAAGCGCUGGACGUCUUUGGUUCCGAAGCUUCCAAGAACUUCAAAAAUUUUAUCCCCGGCCUAGACCCAAGAUACACAGUGGUGAAGCCAAAUUUACCGAUACACUUCUCCUGAGCCCCUCUCUCCUUUCCCAUGACAAAAUGUGAAAAUCAAGUGUCCCAAAUUUGAAGCAGUGCCUGGAGGGUAGCAAUGCGGGCGCUUGUAAACCUCUGCUCAGUAUUAACUAAUUCUAGCUGACCAAUACAGGUUAAUUCUCGUUGAACAUGAACAGUUCGGUAGAUUAAUGGGUGAUCCCUACUUAGAUUUAAAAUGGAGACAACCGGCCUAUUGCUUUCAUCCCUUUCAUAGUCCGACAAAUUGCUGCAAAUAAAUAGUCACUUAUAAUUGCCUACAAUUAUUAUAUCUAGCUCAUAUCAUUGAUUGUAUUUAAAACAAACUAACACCAAUUUAAAUGUCUUAAAUUCCCCCUGAGAUGUUUUGCAAACUCCUUGAUGAGGCGUAGGGAUCUUGUGCUUAUUGGUUGCCCGCUCCUGUGAUGCGGACCAAAGGAAAUAUUUGAUGAUGUCAGCUUCGCUUGUGUUUUACAUUGGAGCUCUAUGUUUUGUUGCAUUUCCCGGCAUAGUUUUUGUGGCAAAGAUUUGAACUUUAAAGGGCCAUAUCCUUUUUUAAAAUAUAUAUAUAAUAAUACCUUUCUUACCCAAUGGUUUUCAAUGUGCAAUCUAACUGGCGUUUUAGAGAUGGGUUUAUGGUUUUACAAUGGGCAAUAGAAAUGGAGUAAGUACUGUAGCAUUAAAAAGAUAGCACCCCACAAUAUAAAUGCAUGCAAAGACAUAAAUAGCAGUUGGUGCUCAUGGUAGACAAUAGAGCUCAUUAGGCUGGACCAGGGAGAAUGUGACACUUCUAUUCUAGGGGGUAAUUACUGAGACCUAAGAGGCCCUGUGCAUACCUAAACUUGUGAUAAAUCUCAGAUAGGUGUGUUGCAGCCACACCUCCUUAUUGCUACCUCCCCAGUACCAUCUCUCAUACUUCUGUCAGUCAUUGUGGUCCUCACAAUAUAUGGAGCGCUGACUCCUUCGGUUGCUGCUGUCAGACAUUGGGGAGACAGAGGACAGGGGCCCUGGAGGCAAGAUGAGAACCUCAUCUCAGCCGCCUCUGAAAUAGCCCUGGUAUGAGCCAGAAAUGUGCUCCUUCCUUUGUGGUCAAUGCAAAUGUAAACCUCAACGACCUUGGGCUGUUCCCUAUGAGACACACGAAGACAGAACAUUAUAAUUGUAUAUGUAUCAUUAAGAAGAUGGUAUAACUGUUCAGAUGCGCUGUGCAAUUUAAACGCGUUGAUGUAAAUGUAUAGUGUAAUUGCUUUCUGUUGACAUGGAGCAGGUCAACCUGUAGGUCGGGACCCCAAAAUUUGUUUUCGGGGUCCCAUUUUGUCCGAUAUACUAUACAUUCUUUUGGGAAGAACCUAUUUUUGUGUCCACUGACAAUCGGGUUUCCAGAAAGCACUACUGGAGGAGGAGACCGUACACUACAGUGUUUUGUCUUUCGUCUUCGAGAGCUUUGUCUGAGUUUACUGUUUCCAUUGUCAGCUGUAAUGACUCCAGUUGCGUUUGUGUUAACGUUUCGGAUACAAUGCAUGUUGCCAUCUCUGUUUUCUAUUUUCAUGGUAACGAUAUUAGUCAAUCUAAAGUCUCAAAGUUGUUUCCGUGUGAGAGUGAUUUGUGAACACCUGUCAUUCGUAAAAAAAACUCCUUUAUAUUACUUGUAGAAUGUGAUUAUUUUCUCUGCAUCUCUGGGCACUUGCUCAUAUGCCGUCAAUGCCCCAGCAGGCCUGGGCUGGCAUCUUGGCAUUUACCAGAAGGACCGUAGGGUGUGGGUGUUCCAGUGGGCUGUGUCUGGGCUACCAGGCUUUUGGUAAAAUGGGCCAGAUGGUCUCAGCCAGCCCACGUGGCUAAUUUAAAUGAUCAAGAGGUUUAUUUACUAAGCCUUGGAUGGAAAUAAAGUGGAAGGAGAUAAAGUAGCUUCUAAUCAGCUCCUAACUGUCAUUUUUCAAACCCAACCUGUGUCCACUUUAUCUACAUCCAAGGCUUAAUAAAUAGACCCUAUAGUCCUGAUAUGAUCCAUUACACACACUGUACUUGGGUCUCUACUGCUGUACUGGUUGCUGAUGGUACCUUCUCCCAUCACUAAUUCUCUAAAUCAGUGGUUCUCAAACUUGGUCCUCAGGACCCCACGCGGUUCACGUUUUCCAGGUCACCCGGCAGGUGCUCUAUAUAUCACCAACUGUCACAUUUUAAAAAUGUACAGGUGACCUACAAAACAUGAUCCGUGUGGGGUCCUGAGGACCGAGUUUGAGAACCUGUGCUCUAAAUAUUAGUUUACUGUCCUGCCCCUGAGAGAUCGCGUUACUACUUUGGAUUUCUGAUGUUGUCUGUAGAACAUAUGUCCCAACCCCAGAAACCAUCUCCCGUCCCAUUGCUGACAACUUUAGGAAUUGCACUCCAAUAGUCUUUAUUAUUCCAGUGACGUUCUGAAAGCUCCACCUGACCUAGCGUUAUAUAUUUACACAAGAAAUAAUCCCAUAUUCUGUAUAAUAAACAGUGUAUGUUUUAAAAUGCACGUAUAAUGACCACAUACUAAUCACGGAUUGUUUCUUGUGUAGGAUACAUCUCUAGCGCCGUGUGUCCUAUAUAUUUUAUGUCUUUUCUGUGGUUUGCUUCCCACACACAGCUGCUCUGGGUUAAUUUCUCUUAUAGCUCUUCAUAAGUUUUCCAUCCCAGUGCCGAGGUGUCAUUUCCUGUUUAUUUCCAGCAAUAGAACAGUAAGGCAAGACAGGGCUGCAUAUGACAGUGGCAGUGACAUGAUGUAAGGAUGCCACAGUCUGAGGGUUAUAUAGUGGGAGGAGCCGGAUCCCAAGCAGCACAGAGUAUAUCAGGAGAUGAGUGAUGUGUCGGUGAGGGCAGGGCUACAUACAGUAUGACAGGGGCAGUGACAUGAUGUGAGGAAGAGUAUGUAGUCAGCUGGAAGCUACAGAAUGAGAGUUGUAUAGUAGAAGGAGCAGAAUCCCCAACAGCACAGUGUAGUGACGUGAGGCUCCUAUCAGACUAGAUGAAUUGUUACCAUUUGCAGUGGCUUGAAGACCCUUAGUUCAUUUCACUCUAAACCUCACCCCCACCACCAUCUCACUUUGCAUAUGAAAGUAUCCUAUGUAUAAUCACAGGUUCUCAUACACAGCCCUCAAGGCAUCCCAACGGUCCAGGUUUUAGGUAUAUCCAUGACUCAGCACAGAUGGUUAAGUCAAAUUGACUGAGGUGCUAAUUAAGUCACCUGUUGCCAAGCAUGGAUAAUCUUAAAACCUGGACCGUUGUGGUGCCGCCACUGAGAACCCCUCAUCUAUACAAAUAAAAAAAUACUGUGUUGAUUUUCAGUACUCCAGUAAAUCCAAGCAAAAAAAGAAUCCUUCCCGGGCCGCGGGGGCCCACAUUGAAUGUACAGUACAGUAUAAACUUUCCGACAGUCUGAGCUGUAGACCAGCUUGUUCCUAUGGUUUUCUAGUUGACGGGAUAAAACAAAAACUUUUCGUGUCUCUUUAGGGAUGGUCAGAGAAGCACUUCGCUUGGGAUGUUACUGGGUGGAUUUGCAAAGUCUAAGUAGAAGGUCUGUUCAUCUGAUAACAUUUAAAUAUUGUUAGUAUAGUUUAUCCAUCUUUAAAUGCAUUAAAUGGGCUGUGCGAGCGGGUUCGGUCUGUAAUACCGGCGGUGGGGGUGCCGGCACAUCUGAACACUGAAGAGCCCAACACCGGACGGGGUAAGUAUUUUAACCCUAACCCUCCGGGGGUUGGCAGCUAUGGCUAACCCUCCGGUGGUGGCAGCUACGGUUGACAUUUUGGGUGGGGGGUUGUGGUUAUAUCUAACCAUCGCCGUAGUGCCUAAUCCUCCCACCCCCCCUGCUAACCCGUACCCUGAUACUUCACUUCGGGAUGCCGGCUGUAGGCGUUCUGCCGCUGGCCUGGAUUCCGGAAUCGGUCACAUGACCGCUGGCAUUCCGACCUCUGAGACGCCAAACCCAACCUGCUGUAAGACUCAUUGAACCUCUCUGGACCAAACCUCAUGGCUGUAGGAUCUGCCAUAGCAGACAGAGACUUCAGCCAAAAACUCUCCCAUCACUGUAGUGGGACAUUACAUGCACUGAUCACGCCCAGUCCCCCUAGUACACCCUGUAGUCACUUCUUGUACGGCCCAAUUUGCUGCAUCCACUCCACCAUUGCUGUUGGGUGGUACAAGAGAGGUCCACAGUUCGGACUUAUGAUGACAAACCAGUUUCUCAUGGUUGGGAACGUUUCAGAAAUGUGUAAGUGCUUAAAGGUGCACUAAGCCUUCUUUCCUAUGUUUGGGGGCCGAUUCAAUUACACGCGAGGAGAUUUGCGACAUAACCGAAAAUACGACAAGGAAUUCUGUGUUCAAUUCUUCUCACCCCUCUGUGGGCUGCGAGCAGAAAUAACCAAGAGAGAAAUGUGCCGCAAAGCCAUUCCUGUAGCACCGGCGGUGUAAUUAAAUUAACCAUUAGCCAUGGCGUUCAUUACAUUAAACUGAUCUAUAAUAUCUGUAUCUUAGCGUUUAUGGACUAAGGAGGUCCAACAUGUAUAAAAAAUUAAAUUUCCUUUAGAUACUGCUGUGGCAUAUUAUUUUAUUAAUAUAAAAAAAGGAUUAGUUGAAUAACUUAUGUACCAGAGGAAUUAAUAUAUGUUUUGGUGAAUUUUUAUCAAUGUCACAAAAAUGUAAGACUUUUUGUUAAUUUGUUUGAAAAAAAUGUUUUGGAUUUCUAAUAAUUAGCUUUGGUGUUAAAUCAUUUCCAUUUGUAUCAAGAACAUGUUUUAAUGUCGUGCCCUCAGUUUCACUUUUGGCCUGUUUUGCUAUCUGACCAUUUCAGUUUCAUAUUGCUGUAGUUUACAUUUUAUUUUUACCGUGUCUCGUACUGUGAGCGGCGAACCAAUUGCAGCAACCGUAGUAGUCCAAAGAGUCUCCGGAUUGUAUAUUCCUUUCCCACCUCUUGUGGCAGCAAAAUAACCAGCAGGUUAUGUGGAGUCCUCUUUUUUAAGGACCCUCACAUAGACAAGCAGUGCUGCUGCUCGGGGUGGCGAAAUGCGCUGCGGUACCCGUUUCAGAUAUUCUCACCGGGGCCCAGGAGGUUUUCGCUACGCCACUUCUUACUGUACUUGUUUUGAAAACGGAAAUGAGACCAACAUUUGUUUUGCAGGGAAUUCUAUGGCUGUUUUUUUUUCUUUUUGUUUUUUUUAUAAAUCUAUAUUUAUACAUAUAUACAUGGUACCAUCUCAUCGUCGGCCUUAUUGGUUCUCUAACGUACUGGUUAAUGACGGCUGUUAUCUUUGACAGACGUGUUGCAUUUGGUAAAUGAUCUAGUAAAUUUGGACUACUUUUACUAAUAAUAAGCUGACGAUACUUUGGCUAGCAUAAUUUGGUCUGGAAUCAGAAGGAGAGAAAAAAAGAACAAAUUCUUACUAAAACAAAUGUGUUUAAAAUGUCAAUAAAUGAUCUGAGUACAAAUACAUUUGA